GCCAGCCAUGACCUUGGGGCGCAGCGGGGCGGCCUCGGUGGUGCUGAACGUGGGCGGCGCCCGGUACUCGCUGUCCCGGGACCUGCUCAAGGACUUCCCGCUGCGCCGCGUGAGCCGGCUGCACGGCUGCCGCUCGGAGCGCGACGUGCUCGAGGUGUGCGACGACUACGACCGCGAGCGCAACGAGUACUUCUUCGACCGGCACUCGGAGGCCUUCGGCUUCAUCCUGCUGUACGUGCGCGGCCACGGCAAGCUGCGCUUCGCGCCGCGGAUGUGCGAGCUGUCCUUCUACAACGAGAUGAUCUACUGGGGCCUGGAGGGCGCGCACCUCGAGUACUGCUGCCAGCGCCGCCUGGACGACCGCAUGUCCGACACCUACACCUUCUACUCGGCCGCCGACGAGCCGGGCGCGGGGCCCCGCGAGGAGGAGGAGGAGGAGGAGCGGCCGCGGCGGCGGGCCGGCCAGGCGGCGCCCUCCCGGCGCUGGCUGGAGCGCAUGCGGCUCACCUUCGAGGAGCCCACGUCGUCGCUGGCCGCCCAGGUGCUGGCCAGCGUGUCGGUGGUGUUCGUGAUCGUGUCCAUGGUGGUGCUGUGCGCCAGCACGCUGCCCGACUGGCGCGCCGCGGCCGCCGACAACCGCAGCCUGGAGGACCGGAGCAGGUACUCCGCCGCCGCCGGCCCUGGGAGGGAGCCCUCCGGGAUAAUUGAAGCCAUCUGCAUAGGGUGGUUCACUGCAGAGUGCAUCGUGAGGUUCAUCAUUUCCAAAAACAAGUGUGAGUUUGUCAAGAGACCCCUGAACAUCAUUGACUUGCUGGCAAUCACGCCGUAUUACAUCUCCGUGCUGAUGACCGUGUUUACGGGCGAGAACUCUCAGCUCCAGAGGGCCGGAGUCACCUUGAGGGUGCUUAGAAUGAUGAGGAUUUUUUGGGUGAUUAAGCUUGCCCGUCACUUCAUUGGUCUUCAGACACUCGGUUUGACUCUCAAACGAUGUUACCGAGAGAUGGUUAUGCUACUUGUCUUCAUUUGUGUUGCCAUGGCAAUCUUCAGCGCACUUUCUCAGCUUCUUGAACAUGGGUUGGACCUGGAAGCAUCCAACAAGGACUUCGCCAGCAUCCCUGCUGCCUGCUGGUGGGUGAUUAUCUCUAUGACUACAGUUGGCUAUGGAGAUAUGUAUCCUAUCACAAUGCCUGGAAGAAUCCUUGGAGGAGUUUGUGUUGUCAGCGGGAUUGUUCUGUUGGCAUUGCCUAUCACUUUCAUCUACCAUAGCUUUGUGCAGUGUUAUCAUGAGCUCAAAUUUAGAUCAGCUAGAUAUAGUAGGAGCCUCUCCACUGAAUUCCUAAAUUAAUGCAUUGCACACCGAGUCUUGCAUACACCUCGUUUGUUAGGAAGACUUAAUGCUGCUUCGUAUUCAUGUGUUCCUUGCUCGGUGAGCACACUGUAGUGGGGUACUGUCGUCAUCUUGGUAGGGUAAACAUUAUCCUUCCCAGAUGAAGGGAUAAAGCAAUUUACUUAUUAUGGAGUAAACAAGAUUGAGACUGCAAAGGAAAAAGUAAUGAUUUCUAGACUUAAUUUUAAUAUCUAAUUUUAUUGAAACUUGUUUCCUCCUCCUUGCUUGAACAAUGACACACUUUUUUGUUUUGUUUUGAAGUGUAUUAUUUGAACAUUUUAAAAUGAAAAGCUACUAUUUUCCAAAUGUUUUUCUAUCUUAUGAAUUUGGACGAGUUUUGGGAGUUAUGGUGUUUUUUUGUUGGAGAGUAACAUUUUCGUUUCUAAAUGUUGUAUAAUCUCUCAUAUCAAUGUCAGAAGUAUCCUGGAAACAUAUGUCACAUGCAAGAACUGUUUAACAAAUACUU